CAUUCUAAGUAGCUAUAAAAUGGCUGAAUCAGUUUUGGAAAGUAUUCUUAGCGCAAGGGUUUUAAACAUUAGAGAUCUUAAUGAAGUGAUUGCAUUACUUGAGAGGCAUCACUGCAGCAAACCAUCAUAUCAUCAACUAGGCCUACAUCUUCUAUUAUCUGAUAACACACUAAGGAGCAUUGAACAAGAACACAGAGGACAGGUUGAUCGUUGUUUUACAGAGUGUUUGGCUAGCUGGUUGCGUAAAGCUGAUGGUGUGGAGACUCCAACAAUAGAUACACUGAUAGCUGCUCUUAGAGGAAUAGGAGAGAAUGCUGUAGCUGAUGGUAUUAAUGGAGAAAGACAAAAUCUUGCUAUGUCAAGAAAUGAAGUUUCAUUAGCCACAUCCCAAACAUUGCCUACCACCGAAAGGCAUCCAACACAGCCAUUGAUUGUUAAUCCUGGUGUGGAUGACCUUGAGCAAAGAAUUGACCAAGUUGCAAAUUUGCAAGGCAUUGCUAACAAAUUACAUGGAAAAUAUGUUUCGCUUGCUCUUGCAGUAAAAAAAUCACUUGAAAGCAAUUGCAUUGAUAUAGAAGAUGCAAAAUUUUUGAUAAAGGAAUGCUUAAAGAGAAAAGCUCGUGUUGCUCCUGAGUUGAUGACCUGCAUUGAUAUUCUUGAGACAGUUAAUGAUUUUAAAAACCUUUUCGAUUUUCUAAGCAAGCAUGAUUUCAUUGGUUACCUCAAUUACAAGCUAUUAGAGAAACUAAUUGAACUGGUGAAAGAUGAUAAUGAGAUUAUCAAGCAUUUUUUUGAAUAUGAAAAGGAAUAUGCCAGGUUAUUGAGUGCAGCUUCCUUUGAAGAUUUAAUACCUUUCUUUGAAAAGCAAUCUGAUCUCUCUCCUACUGCUCCUCUUGGUUUACCUUAUAUCUCUUUUCGUCUUGGUUCCCCUUGGCUUCAUUCUCGACUUUAUACCUGGGUCUCAACCUUUGGUGAAUUCUCAUGGUCAUCUUAUGCAUUUUUUAAACAAUUAAGAAAGAAAUGCAUUAUCAUCACUUAUGCUAUACUACCAUGUGUUCUUGAUGAUGUCAUGAGAGAUCUCAAGGAUCCAGUGAUAUUGAAGGAGCUAAAGGACAACGACAUUACUGUAAUUGAAUUACCACAAGAAGAGGAAGAAGAUUUUGAGAGCAAGGAAGAAGACCCACAGAUUAAAUCUACUACUAAAAUAGAACCAAGGGUUGAUGCUUCUUCAAUCGCAUCAUCUGAGGGAAACAUUCCCACCACAAGCGCUACUACUUUGAGGGCUGAGGCUGCAUCAAUUGGGAAAGAAGUUAAAAGUUCCAGUCUGGGCAGGGAAUUGAUCAGGUCUAUAGAAUCUCAUACUAGACCUGAGGAGGUUAUUGGUCUACUUGAAGCUGGAGCUGAUCCUAAUGUUACUGAGUAUUCUGGUGGUCCUUCUGCUCUUAUAAUAGCCAUUGAAAAAGAUAAUACUGAUAUUGUUAAAUUGUUACUUGAGAAAGGAGCUGAUCCUAAUGUUACUAAGUAUUCUGGUGGUCCUACUGCUCUUAUUGUAGCCAUUGAGAAGAAUAAUAUCAGAGUUGUUGAAGUGCUACUUGAAAAAGGAGUUGAUCCUAAUAUUGGUUCUGAUAUUUUUGGACGUACUUCCUUGCACCUUGCUAGUGAAACUGGUAAUGCUGAUAUUAUCAAAUUAUUGAUAACUAAAGGAAAGGCUGAUGUGAAUAUUGUAAAUAGGUGGAACGAAACUCCAUUGUUUAAAGCUGUUGAGAGUGGUAGUAUUGAAGCUGUUCAUAUUUUAUUAUUUAAUGGAGCUAGAACUGAUCUUGUGGAUAAUUACUUGUCUACUGGCACUCCAUUACACUACGCUGUUGAGCAUUGUAAAGGUGAUCAUGUAACUGACAUUAUCAAGUUAUUAAUAACUAAAGGAAAUGCUGAUGUGAAUGCUGGAAAUAAGGUAAAGUUAUGA